AUAUAUAAUUAUGUCCGCGGUUGACGUUUUGGUAUAUUAACGACACUCCUCAAGUUCACGAUCAGUUCUAAGUUAACUGUAGGGAAGGUGGUAUCAGAAGUUACUAUGUUGUUUAAAGUUGUUUGUUUGGCCGUGUUGGCGUUUGCGGGUGUUCAGUCAGCUGAACUGCCGGUUGCAAAAUGCAAGCUCGAAGAAUCAAGCUGUCUGACGAAAUCGUUCCAGAAAAUGAUGCCUGUAUUCAUGAGCGGUAUACCUGAUGCCAACGUUGAAGUGCUGGAUCCUAUGCAAAUGGAUGAUCUGGCCUUCGAUUUGGCUGGCUUGCAGUUUACCAUGGACGGAGGUGUCAUGAAAGGAUUGAAGAACUCUGUCGUUGAUAGUGUCAAAUGGGACACGGACAAAAAAUCUUUCACAGUGGACUUCCAUAUGGACAUUUCUGUGAAGGGUCACUACACAGCUAAUGGACGUAUCUUGAUUCUGCCCAUCACUGGUGACGGUCAGAUCAAGAUUAGGCUGAAGCAUCUGCAGUUGAAAAUCAAAAUUACUUACGAUGAGGUGAAGGGACCCAGCGGAAAGGAUAUCAUCAAACCUAAGAAGUACAGCUUUGACUUCGAUGUUCAGGAGAAUGCCCAUUACCAACUGACCAAUUUGUUUAAUGGCAAUAAGGAGCUGAGUGAAACUAUGCUGAAGUUCUUGAACGAAAACUGGAAGCAGAUUGCUACCGAGUUCGGCAGGCCCAUGAUUGAUUUAGCCUCAAAGAGAUUAUUCAAGAAUGUUGUCAGCUUCCUUGAAGCUAACCCAAUUGAAGAGAUCACCGGUGCCUAAAUCAAAGAUGAUUCCAGUGAUAUAUAUUGAAAUAAUUUAUAAUAUUUGUUGUGUUUUUGUUAGAAAAUAUAUGUAGUUAUCCGUUAUUA